GACGCAGACAAAGGUGUAACUAGCCCCUUAUAUGACUCUAUAAGACUUCAGUGAAGCAGACAGUUGCAAACAUUUCUUUUUUUUGUUUCACACAACGGGACUAUGCUUAGCUGUGCGGGACUGAGCUUUGUGGUGCUGCUCUCGGCCGUGGGAGCAGCAACAGUAGAGAGAGCGGAGUAUGACUACUACAAGUACCACCCCAUGCAAGAGAUCAGUGACUGGAUGAAUCAGAUGGUAAAGGAGCAUCCCGAUCUUGUGACCAUAGUGGACUAUGGAAAGACUUACGAAAACAGAAAGAUCAGCUUGCUCAAGAUUGGCUUUAAUACCGGAGAGAAAAAGAAAGGUAUCUGGAUGGACUGUGGCAUACAUGCCCGAGAAUGGAUCGCCCCAGCCUUCUGUCAGUACUUCGUCAAACAAAUUCUGCAAACCUACAAAACAGACGCCAAGAUGGAAAACAUGCUGUGGAACAUGGACUUCUACGUCACUCCGGUGCUCAACGUGGACGGCUACAUCUUCUCCUGGACCAAGGACCGGUUGUGGAGGAAGAACAGGUCGCCAGGACCUUCCCCCAGCAGCUGUUUCGGCGUCGAUCUGAACCGCAACUUUGAUGCCAACUGGGGCACGGUCGGAGUGUCGUUUAACUGCAGCUCCAACAUCUACUGCGGGACCAAACCGGCGUCCGAGCCGGAGACCCAGGCCGUGACUGAUUUCGUGGGAAGCCGAAAGGACGACUUCCUGUGUUUCCUCACCAUCCACUCCUACAGCCAGCUGCUCCUCGUUCCCUAUGGACACCCCGACUUCACCGCCUCCAACUACUACGAGCUGAUGAUAGUGGGACUGGGUGCAGCUGAAGCCAUUUGGAAGGUCCACGGGAUGAAAUAUCAGGUUGGAACCUCACCAGAUGUAUUAUACCCAAACUCCGGCUCAUCCAGAGACUGGGCUCGGAUGCAGGGGAUCCCCUACUCCUACACGUUCGAGCUGAGGGAUAACGGCACGUACGGCUUCGAGCUCCCCGAGGACCAGAUCCAGCCAAGCUGCGAGGAGGCCUACAGCGGCGCCCUGCACAUCAUCACCUACGCCCACGACAAGACCUUUAGCGGCGCGGUGGCCACAGCCGCCGCAACCCUUUGGACCAUGCUGUUAGCAGUGGGUGUCACAGGAACCUCCCUGAUGUGAAGCGGGAAGUUCUUGCAUCAUAGGGCACUGGUAUUUAGUUAUUUAGCUCGGAGCCUGAGCUUUAAAGAUCCUCACUGGAUGUACAAUUUUUUGUAUUCAUAAAUAAAAUGACAAUGUAUGUAUGAAUGUGAACCAAGAUCCAUAAAGUCACAUUAAAGUUUCUAUUACUAUCCUCGAA